GCCUGCCUGCUUCCUGAAUAUCAUGAAUUUCAGCAUCUAGAAUAGAAUAGAAUAGAAUAGAUCUCCUCCUCCUCCUCCUCCUUGGUUUUUCUUUCUUGUUCAUAUUCCAGAUGGGUUGCAGAAAUGGAGAAGAAGACAGAUCAUCAUCAUCAUCGGGGGGUAUUAUUGUAAACGAUGUGCUGCUGCUUACAAGCAUGUGUCUCAUUGGGCUCUCCGUGGAUGUGCACAUCAAGGAUGGCUCUGUUUAUUCUGGAAUCUUUCACACUGCCUCUGUCCACCACCCUUAUGCUAUUGUGUUGAAACGAGCAAAGAUGACCAAGAAAGGGAGUUGUAAUUCAAAUGUGGCCAAUGAGGAGGUCAUCCGGACACUCAUAAUCCAAUCAGAGGAUCUUGUUCAAGUAGUCGCAAAGAAAGUAACAAUUCCGGCAGAUGGUUUUGCUGGUCAUGGAACUGGAGAUGAAACAGGGGCUGUUGCAUGCUCUUUUCCUUCUAAUGGAAUUUCACUGACAGAAUCAAAUAAAACAAUGACUGGCAAGUCAAAUGUUGGUCAACCACACACUAAUCAAACAAGAUGCUCAUCUGGAACUGAAAACGGGUUUGCUAACGGAUGUAGACCUCCUGUAAACACCAUUCGAUCAACCGAUACUCUUGAAGUAAAAGAUAUAGAUGCGAAAGAUUCAACAAAGAAGGAAAAUUGUUUGAAGGAUCCAGAUGAUAACAGAAAGUAUGGCAACCACACUAGCUCAUCAGCUCCGAGUGAAACCGUCACUACAAAAAUCUCAAAUUCUAAUCCAACCACUAAGGAGUUUAAACUUAACCCUGGUGCAAAGAUAUUUUCUCCAUCAUUUCCUAAUAAAAGAUCAGCAACCCCUCAAGCAAUGGUGACGGGUACAAAUCUUGUAUACAAUCCCGACACUCAUCCUAGUGGCCCACAGCCCGAAGUUGAAAUCAGCCCAUUUGCUCCCCGUUCCGUGCCUGUUAAGUUUGUUCCAUAUGCAGGCAAUGAUGUACACCAUCCUCCUCCUAUUGUUGGAUAUAUGACAAACAGGAGUCAACCCGCCAGAUACGGGUCAUAUCAUCCUGUCCAAACAGCACCUACCUAUGUCCAACCAAGCUCUCAGAAUGUAAUGGUUGGACGAUUAGGGCCCGUUGUCUAUGUUCAUCCGGUUUCCCAAGACAUGGUGCCAAGCACGAACAGCUUCUCCUCUGUUUUAACUCCACACCAACUCCAUGUCCCUAAACACCAAGGAACCACGGCGGGUCAAGCGUUGCAACUAUCACCAUUUGUAGGUGGUGGUCAGGCACCACCAUAUGUUUUGCCAGGCCACAUUCCCAUAUCACAACUGCCUUACCCUGUCAUCUCAAUCCCCGGAUCUAAUGGCUUUUUAGUAUCAAAAUUUUCUUGAUUUUUCUUUCUAUAUUAUUGGUUUUAGAUAGAUAGAUAUUCAUUGAUUUCUGGGUUUCAUUUUCUUCCCAGCCUUCAUUCUGUUUCGUUCUUUUUUUUUUUUUUUUUUUUUUUUUUUUGUAAUUCAAAUACAGGAUGAGUCCAACAUAUUGAUUUUUGAUAGUUUCCGAGUUGCUUUUUGUCUCGGUUGGCUGCGUUUUGUGUGUAAUACGAACAGAUAGCACAUCAAUAAUUGAUGGUUUCAACAGUUUAUUUAUUUUCCAACAUCCUAAAACAUGCA